AAAGCAGAAGAAAAAGGACCUUAGCAUAUAACUUUGGUGUCUUUCCUUGUUGGACAUUUUUGUCUGUAAAUGUUUUUUUUCUUUGCCUUGCUCCUUAAUCUAUUAGUAAUACUUUAUUCGUUAGUCAGUAUUUCGGCUUAAAGUCGAAGUUAAUUGCCACCCAAAAAAAAUGGCCAAAAAGCUUCACUAGUCCCUUUCAUCUUUUUCUCAAAUGUGAUACACAGUUUGACCUAUUAAAACUUUCGUUAGAUAUGUAAUUAAUAAUGAAAAAAUUAAAUUAUAUUUCUGAUCUUUUGAUCAAAAAGCUAUUGUAGACAUUCAAUUCAUUGAAGUUUUCAUUAUAUGUGAGAUUGAAGAAAUAUAGUACUAUAUAGUAUUUGCAAAAAGCUAUUUCGAGCUUACAUUCGUAAUCUCUUAAAUUAUAUAGGAGCAACUUUAGUGGUUAGGCCGAGGCUGCCCUGUUUUUCCACUUCUAUUUAAGACAAAGAAAAUGCCACUAGUAAUAGACUCUUUCUUUACCUACUUUUAGCUUUAAAUUCCCCCUUAAUUUCUUGUAUAUCAAGGUCCCCCCCACAGCUCAAUUUUGAUCACUCAAUCCAAUUUUUCUUUUAUUAGAUCCGAUAUUUGCUGAAAUUUAAGUUUAUAAAGUUCCUAUCUUUGUGGGGUUUUGGAGUUUUUUCUUGUAAUUUGCUAGAAUAAAAUAAAGUUUAAUCCUUUUGGGGUUCUUGUUUUUGAUGAUUUAGAUUGAUAAAGUUCCUAUCUUGGUGGGAUUUUGGAGUUCUUUUAUUGUAAUUUGCUAGAAAAAUAAAGUUUAAUCCUUUUGGGGUUCUUGUUUUUGAUAAUUUAGGUUGAUAAAGUUCCUAUCUUGGUGGGAUUUUGGAGUUUUUUUAUUGUAAUUUUCUAGAAAAAAAAGUUUAAUCCUUUUGGGAUUCUUGUUUUUGAUGAUUUAGUCUGAUUAAGUUUCUAUCUUGGUAGUGUUUUGUUGUUUUUUUAAUUGUAAUUUACUAGAGAAAAAGUUAUAAACUUUUGGAGGUUCUUGUUUCUUGAUGAUUUAUUUCGACUUAGAUUAUAAAAUUACUCCUCCAAGUCCUUCAUUUUCUUAUUCAAUUUCCUCAAAUUUUCUUACAUCUGAUAAUUUCUUGAUAAAGUGUGUGAAUUGUUUCCAUUUCUGUGUAAAAAAUUGUUCUUUAAAUCCUCUUUGUGGGAAGAGUAUGGGGGAUCGUUUGAGGUCAACUACAAUGGAGGAUUUACCAACACAUUUGAUUCUUGAAAUAUUGACGUCGGGUCGAUUAGCUGUUGUUGAUUUAAUUAGUUUAGAGCUAACUUCAAGGACUUUUAGGGGAACACAUGGUUUGUUUCCUAAAAAGUUCAAGUCUUUGGUAGAUUAUGCUGCUUUUCAGCUAUGUGGAUUGAAUCCAAUUUAUGCCUCUCUAAAUUGUAAUGCUCAGAAAGAGCUAUUGAACCGAUGUUCCGACAAUUGGAAGCGACUUUUGAGGUUCUUGCAGGCGGUGGAACAGUCCUCUGAUAUGGUUGAAACCUCUGCAGGCAAUAUGCAAAUAAGGAGUGGCAGGUAUCACACACUGCUAAUCAAUGAUUCAGCAGCAUACUCUUGUGGUUCCAGUUUAUGCGGCGUCCUUGGUCAUGGGCCUGAAACAACUCAGAUUGUGGAAUUUACUCGAAUUAACUUUCCUGUUCCCGUACAAGUUGCCCAAGUUUCAGCUUCUCAUAAUCAUGCUGCUUUUGUCACAGGAUCUGGACAGGUGUUCACAUGUGGAGAUAACUCAUCAUACUGUUGUGGGCAUACAGACACCCGACGCCCAAUCUUCAGGCCAAGAAUGGUUGAAGCAUUGAAAAAUAUUUCGGUCAAGCAGGUUGCUGCAGGUCUCAGUUUUACUAUGUUCCUCACUAGGAAAGGCCAUGUUUUCACAUGCGGAACUAACGGACAUGGUCAACUUGGUCAUGGUGAUACAAUGGAUAGGCCAACACCGACAUGCAUAGAACUUCUGGCAUCUAUUGGUUCUGUAGUUCAGAUUAAUGCUGGUCCUACUUAUGCACUUGCGGUGUCUGAUGAUGGGACUCUCUACUCUUUUGGUUCGGGAACUAAUUUCUGCCUCGGUCAUGGAGAACAGCAGAAUGAGCUUCAGCCACGUGCAAUCCAGUCGUUUAGGAGGAAGGGCAUUAAUGUGGCUCGUGUUUCUGCUGGGGAUGAGCAUGUUGUAGCACUAGAUUCCACUGGAUAUGUACAUACUUGGGGGAAAGGUUACUGUGGCGCAUUGGGGCAUGGUGACGAGAUUGAUAAGACUACUCCGUCACAAUUGACCAGCCUUAAGAGCCAACUUGCUGUUCAGGUUUGUGCAAGUAAGAGGAAAACUUUUGUCCUGGUGGACGAUGGUUCUGUUUAUGGCUUUGGUUGGAUGGGCUUUGGUAGCCUUGGGUUCCUUGACAGAGGAGCAUCACAUAAAGUUCUGAAGCCUGAGAUCUUGGAGAGCUUGAGAUCCCACCACAUAUCUCAAAUUAGCACCGGCUUAUACCACACCGUUGUUGUAACAAAUUGUGGACGAGUCUUUGGAUUUGGAGACAACGAAAGAGCCCAACUUGGGCAUGAUGCAGUAAGGAGAUGCCUCGAACCUACUGAAAUGUUUAUGGUGAAAUCAUGAAAACUGCAAAGCAAUAGCGUCAACAUUCCAAACUUGACUUAAAUACUUUGCUGUCUUUUAUUUAAAACGUUUGUUAGUGUUUCUUUUGUAAAGACAAGUCUCUUAAAUGUUCAUGGAAAACUUGUAACA